UGAUCACGCGAGGUCACAAGAUGCACAACUCUAGUGAUAUAUUCUGCUUGAAAGAUCUGGACGAGGAUAAUUCGAACGGUACACAAAUAAUAUCCGUCAACGGACAGUGUUCGUUGAGGCAGAACCGAAUGAGAAGAGAUCUGCAUGCGGGGUCCUCUUUCGAAUACGGUUCCACUUCUGCGAGACAAAGGGAGGAUAUAAUGGGAACUGACAGGUCGAAACCAGACACUAGCGACCAGAUCGAAAAGAAUAUUUUGGACGAGACGAGGAAGGAAGAUAUUCAUCGUCUACCGGACAAAGUGGAGUCGGGACUUUGCAAAGCUCCGGAACCCACAUCUCUUCCGGCUCAACACUUGAUUUCGGAAUCGGCGAUGACGAGGAAUCCUCUUACCGGAGCGGGCAUGGAGGUGGAACUCCACAAGAAGCCCAAGAAAGGCGCCUCGAAAGACAAUAAAUGGGUGUGGUAACUCAACCGGAGUCGGCGUUUGCAUAUUUUGUAAACCAACAUUACUAUCGUUAUUAAAUUGAC